ACUCACUCUCUUCAGCUUCCCUCGACCAAGGGCCAAGGGGGGUUUACUGUUCCUCGCCGCCCCUUCCCCUCGCGCAACCAGUGGCCUGAAAUCCGCGGGCUACGGGUCACUAUGUACGGUCGCGGUCCAUGGAAGUGGUCGCGGACUUCAGGAAGGAAGAGGAGGAGGGUGGAAGGCGAAGAGAAUCAGAGCGUGCUUCUGCAUGACGUGCCGAGGCGGAUUGUUUGGGGGAGAAGAAGUCACCUUGAUGCAACAGCUUGGAUCUGUGAUGUUUGCCAACAUCAGAACGAGCCAACUCGACAUCUGUUCGUGGAUCUUCCUGCUUUCAGCUGCGGCAACUGUGAUGCUAAAGCGAAACGAGUCAAUUUUCGUUUCUCAUUUGGGAACCUUGCUGGCAAUGGGAAAUGCCCAAUUGGGAAGAUUCUUGAUCAGGGAAAUACAGAUGAUUGUUUGCUGUUUGCUCUUGCAAAAGGAACUGAAAUAACAGCCAGGAUUCGAACCAUUUUGUCCGGCAGCAAAGAUAAAAUCCCCACCCUGGAUCCCUAUAGGUUGAAGAAAAUGUACAAGUCUUCCAGAUUGGCGGAAGGGACUGGAGGAAAAAUAUCUUAUAAAGAUGCAGAGGCGAUGAUGAAGAUGAUCGAGUUAUUAGAAACAAAUGGAAUACCAAAUAAGGCUCGCACUCGUACUUAUAAAAUUGGAGGGGUGGAUGAAACUUCUGAACAGUUUGAAGAUAUUGCUACAGAGUUAGCAAACGGAUAUCCUCUUAUAGUUGACAUAUUUCCUGGGAGUGGGUUUUCAGACUUGUCAUAUCGCGAAGUAUACAAGUGCCCAUUCAACUACAAAACGAAACCAGCUGGACGCAGAGCUACUUUACACACGGUGAUCUUGGUGGGCGCGGGAAGGUGGAAUCAUGGUGAUUACUACUACUUCCUGAACAGUUACGGUGAGCAUUGGUGCGUAAGAAUCCAUAAGAAAACCCAUCGCCAAAUUGGAGGGAUUGGCAAAAUUUGCCCUGAAGACAUCUGCUUCCCACCGUACAAGUUCUUCAGAUGUAUGUAGCUCUUCUUAGCUGCAACGAAGAUGCUCAAUCAAAGCGGUUAACUCUAAACCUCGUGGACUUGUGGUGUCGUGAUUCAUGGAUCAUUUUGUAGACUAUUGUGUCUUGUAUGGACUUAUGUUGUCGUAGAUGAUCUUGUGGAGCCUCUGUUGGUGAAUGAUGAUGGAUUUAGCUUUUGUUUGUACUA